CGGAGCCAGCGGUUCUCCACUCACCCAGCAUCCAGAGAGACGCGCCGCGCACCGACGGAGGGGACAUGGGCAGAGCGAUGGUGGCCAGGCUCGGGCUGGGGCUGCUGCUUCUGGCACUGCUCCUACCCACCCAGAUUUAUUCAAAUCAAACAACUGUUGUAACACUUUCAAGUAACUCCUCGCAGAGUACCUCGGCUGCCCCCAAUCCAGCUAAUGCCACCACCAAGGUGGCUGGUGGUGCCCUGCAGUCCACAGCCAGUCUCCUCGUCGUCUCACUCUCUCUCCUACAUCUCUACUGUUAAAAGACUCGGGCCAAGAAACGUCUAUACUUCCCCAUCUUCUGAACCCAAUCCAAAUGGCGUCUAGAAGUCCAGUGUGGCAAGGAAAAAGCAGGUCUUCAUCAAAUCUACUACUUCCACACCUUAUUUUACUGACCCAGAAAAUGUUGAGAAUCCCAAAUUUGAUUGGUUGGAAGAACAAGUGAAGGGUUUGACUAGAUGAUGCACGCCAAUAUUAAAUCUGCUGGAGUUUCAUGUAUAAGAGGAAGAGAGACAACAUCCAAAAUUAGUUAAGACAUGAUUUCCUUGAAUGUGGCUUAAGAAAUAUGGACACUUCAAACUCUACCUUGAAAAUAAGAGUAGAUUUUAUCUAGAGAUAAAGGAUGGGAUGUGGAAUGGAGAUUUAGUUUUCAUUUGGUUCAUUAAAUCUAUAAGGCCAUAAAAGAGCUUCCAUGAUUCUAUUUAUAUGUACAUUAGAAGGAAUUUCAGUUGUUACUGUAAAUCCUCAAUGUAUUGUUUCAGCAGUACUAAUUUAAUGCCAAUAUACUCUAGGUGAAGUUUUACAUUGUUAAGCUAUCACUGUUGUCUUGGGAACUGAACUGUUUUUCCUCUGAGGCUUUGGAUUUGACAUUGCAUUUGACUUUUUAUGUAGUAACUGACAUGUGCCAGGGCAACAAUGGCUGAAAUCUACCCCAAGUCCCAUCAUUGUGAGUAACUCUUGCUUAUCUGGCAGGCAUUUCCCAUCACUAUUUCCAUUCAACAAGAGCACCGGAUUCAUUUAGCUCAACUGAUUCCAAAGAGUAGAAUUGCAUUGACCUCAACUAUUUAAAAAAUGCUGCUUUUUAUUUCUGCAUAUGUUGCAUACUUUUUACAAUUUUAAAAAUGAUCUGUUUUGAAGGUAAAAUAAUAAAUUUUAAAAUUAAAAAGGCAAAUAUGUGAAGGAGCCAAAACUGUAAAUCAAGUAUUUGGGAAGUGAAGACUGGAAGCUAACUUGCAUUAGAUACACAAAAACUUUUAUACUCUUUCUGUAAAUACUUUUUUUUUUUUUUUAAGCUAUGGAUCAGAAUAGACACAUUUGGAACACUUCUUGUUAUCAGUCAAUAUUUUUAGAUAGUUAGAACCUGGUCCCAUGCCCCAAAGUGGGCUUGAUUCUGCAGUAAAUCUUUUACAACUGCCUGAUACACAGAAACCUUUCUAAGAAUUCAUUUGUUCGCAUGGUCACACACUGAUGCUUAGAUGUUUCAGUAUCUAAUAUGGCCACAGCAGUCUUGAUAACUAAAGCCACUUUUUCCCCGUCCUUAGAAAUCUAAGCAGAAACAACCAAAUCAAACAGAUUGGAAGCUACCGUGUGUGUGAAUGAACACUCCCUUUUGCUUCAUACCUGAAUGCUGUACAUCUAUUUUGAAUUGUAUAUUGUGUUUGUGUAUUUAUGCUUUGAUUCAUAGUGACCUCUCAUGUUAUGGAAUUGAUUUGCAUUAAACACAAACUGUAAAUAAAAAA